AAACAUUUGCGUGGGAGUUCCCUUCACCGCCAUGUCGGGAUAUUGCACAUCUCUCCCUCCCUCUCCUCCUCUCUCUCUCUAUCUCUCUCUCUCUCUCUCCCUCUCUCGGUGCAUCCUCCCCCACAUUAACAGCUUAGCACAGCAGCAGCAGCAGCAGCAGCUCCUACAGCAUCCAGCAUCCAUCCAUCCCCGCCUGCCUGCCUGGGGAGCAGCAGUCCUACCCGGCAGCACCGACGCACGGAGGGGGCGCAUCAUCCAAGUGAUGCCACAUUAUCAGUCGCAUUUCGACAACAAAAACUGCGAGUAGAUCCUAAAAAAGAAGGGAGAGAAAUCGCUUCAGCCACGAAGACAGCAACUGCCCAUGAAGAUGUCUAACGCUGACAUCGUCUUAAACGCCGCCGACAGAAUGGUGAAAUCUGUCCCCUUCCCCCUGAGCCACCGCCUUACAUUGAAGGAAGUGUUUGACUGCGAAGGGAAACCGCGGGUGGAUCUCCUGAAGGCUCACCUCACCAAGGAGGGCCGCGUGGAGGAAGCUGUGGCACUUCGAAUCAUCAGCGAGGGAGCAUCGAUCCUGCGUCAAGAGAAAACUAUACUGGACAUUGAGGCACCAGUCACAGUGUGUGGUGACAUCCAUGGGCAAUUCUUUGAUCUCAUGAAGCUGUUUGAAGUGGGAGGAUCACCAGCCACAACCCGGUACCUAUUCCUUGGGGACUACGUCGACCGCGGCUACUUCAGUAUUGAGUGUGUUUUAUACCUCUGGUCGCUGAAAAUCCUCUAUCCAAAGACACUAUUUUUACUUCGUGGGAACCAUGAAUGUAGACAUUUGACAGAAUAUUUCACCUUCAAACAAGAAUGUAAAAUCAAGUACUCAGAGCAGGUGUACGACUCGUGUAUGGACGCGUUUGACUGCCUUCCCCUGGCUGCCCUCAUGAAUCAACAGUUUCUGUGUGUCCACGGUGGACUCUCACCUGAAAUACACACCUUAGACGACAUUAAAAAGUUGGAUCGGUUCAAGGAGCCUCCAGCGUUCGGGCCCAUGUGUGACCUGCUGUGGUCUGAUCCUCUGGAGGAUUUCGGCAAUGAGAAAACCCAGGAAUAUUUCAGCCACAACACAGUGCGAGGCUGUUCCUAUUUCUACAGUUAUCCAGCUGUAUGUGAGUUCCUACAGAGCAAUAACCUAUUAUCAAUCAUCCGAGCACAUGAAGCACAAGAUGCAGGCUACCGGAUGUACCGUAAAAGCCAGACGACUGGAUUCCCAUCUCUCAUAACCAUCUUCUCAGCGCCAAACUACCUGGAUGUUUACAACAACAAAGCUGCUGUGCUGAAAUAUGAAAAUAACGUCAUGAACAUCCGACAGUUCAACUGUUCACCUCAUCCCUACUGGCUGCCAAACUUCAUGGACGUCUUCACCUGGUCUCUGCCAUUUGUUGGAGAGAAAGUCACAGAAAUGCUGGUGAACAUUCUGAGCAUCUGCUCUGAUGAUGAGCUCAUGAAUGAUGAAGAUGAGAUCUUUGAUGCCAAUGCAGCUGCAGCACGCAAGGAGGUGAUCAAAAACAAGAUACGUGCCAUCGGGAAGAUGGCCAAAAUGUUCUCAGUUCUCAGAGAGGAGAGUGAAAAUGUGUUGACGCUUAAGGGCCUGACGCCCACUGGCAUGCUGCCGAGCGGGGUUCUCUCUGGAGGCAGACAGACACUGCAGAGUGCCACCAUUGAAGCCAUUGAAGCCAUCGAGGAGCAGGAUAAGGACGGAGAAGCCAUCCGAGGCUUCUCUCCCCAGCACAAGAUCACCAGCUUCGCGGAGGCGAAGGGCCUUGACCGCAUCAAUGAGCGCAUGCCCCCUCGCAGGGACGGGGUGAACCACGUUGGUCACUCCAUGGGGAAGAUGAAUAUGUCAGAGGCGAACGGCACCGAUGACAACAGCAACCUCCAGUGAUGCGCUGACUGAGCCUCACAACCGUGCCGCUGUUGAGCUGUGCAGCAAGACAUUGCCAAAUCGGGAAUUCAGGCCUCAGAAAUAAACCAGGCCCACAGACAGAACAUGAAAUCUGCAGCAAAUCUACUCUAAAUGGGCGAAAAGGUCAUUUUUUUCAUGACGGUAUGUCAUCGCACAGAUUGGGGGAGGGGGGGAGCAGAAGUGGAGGAGAAUCUGACAGGCUGCAGCUUGACAGAAAGAGUGUGGUUGAAAGAUGUUUCAGCCUGUCGUUCCCUUUCUUGAAAGAAUUACAGACUGAAUUGUUGGGGGCUGUGUUGUACCGAGUGCUGACAAAUGUCUGCUCCUUCAUUGCAGGGCCUGACAGAUGACAUAAUUGCAGUAUCCAUGCCACAUGAAUCAUUUUACUGUUUCCUAAGUGUUUAUUAUGAAUCACUCACAAGUUCACUUCAUGAGGACACUAAUCUUGUUUACCUUCAUGUUUUGCUAGUAUUAACAAGUCACACCACUUUGUGAGCAAGAAAGCAAAUAGAAAGGAAGCGAAUUGUGUACCUCUUAGAACUUGCAGUGCAAUCUUACCAGUGGACUUGAAUUUUAUUGAUUUACCUUGUCGUAAGAUGCUGCUAUGCUGAGAAGGGGAAGAGGACAGGAUGCUCUUCUGUAGGAACUGCUCUAGCUGGAUCUGUCCCCAUACUCUCCAGGAUCGCUCCUUUCCUCUCCUCCCUUGUUAUCAGUCAUCUCCUAGCAAGAAUUUCAUUGGAGGGGAUGAGGAAAGAAGGGGAGGGGAGGAAAGGAGCAUUCCAAAAUGUAAACACCAGAUUAAACAUCUAAAGAUCUGCCCACUUCACAUAAAGAUGCAGUAUCAUCUAAGUACGUAGGUGAAUGUCAAAGGUUAUACUUCCAUUCAAACCAUCCUUUGAGUUAUAUUUUAGUCCCUCUACUUUAGUACACUUCAUUGAAGCUUAGCAUUUUUUAAGACUAUACCUCACACAAGCAAAAUCAUGCAAAAUCAUGCAACUCACUCUCUGUAAAGUGUACACUUGAGCAUCCUCCGCUGAAGAUCGGAUCAUGGUUUUCUCAUCUUCUCUGCAUCGCUAUGACCGGCAGCAUUCAUCUCAAGUUUCUGGAUCACAGGGAAAACAAGAAGAUGCCAUCUUGAACUUCAGGGUGGACUUUGCCGUCAUACACUACCUGAUUAUGUCUAACCUGCUUGUUGCUGAAGAGAGAGUAAAAGAAAAACAAAAGCG